AUGUCGGGUAUAACGGAGGUUAUCGAAAACUUAUACAUAUCCGGCUUAGAAUCCGAAACAGCGAUUCUCAAUAAAGGUAUACGCUCUGUUAUCAACAUAUCAUCGGAUUGUCCACGACAAGAUCUCGGUCCAACAGUUGAUUACGAACGAAUCGCUAUACCCGAUUUGCCCACAGCAUCCAUACAUAUCUAUUUCGAUCGAUUAGCCGACCGAAUCGAACGAAAUUUACAACAAGGGAGAAAAACAUUAGUUCAUUGUUAUGUUGGACGUUCGAGAUCAGCAUCAAUUAUUUUAGCUUAUUUGAUGAAAUAUAAACAAAUGUCAUUGCGUGAUGCAUUUUAUCAUUUACGGUCACGUCGGCCGAUUGUUGGACCUAAUUUCGGUUUUAUAAAACAAUUAAUGAAUUACGAAAAAUCUCUCUUUGGUUAUACAUCUGUUUCAUUUAUUGAAACGUCUUAUGAAUCAAUACCUGAUAUAUAUUUAUCAUCAAGUGAAAUGCGAACAUCUCGUCGACCAAUGCUAAGAGAUUUAACUUAUUUCAACAACAAUAUAUAUUCACCUGCACCCAAAACAUCAUCGUAUCUAUACCGUUCACCCACCCAAGCUUUACCAACAUUGAGCUCACGAAGUUUUUCAAUUCCUAGAAGUUACCGACCGUUAAGUUCAAAGAGUUUUAGUCCAUCGUCAUUUCUACAUGAUCAACCCGGUGAAAAUCGCUACUAUUCAUCCACUUACUAUCUGGAUGAUCCAUAUCUUUCGACUAGAUUCAAUACCUUGAGAUCUAGCACAUAUAUUCCACCUGUCUACAAUCGUUUCUAUUAUCCAUGA